AUCUGUGGACUGUAAGUGACUCGCUCCGAAGUUCCAAUUCACAAAGUUCAGCGGCCAAAAACGCAAUAUAGACGUUUUAGGACCUCAGAGUGCGUUUGGACAGCGUAUCAGCUUAUCAUGCGCCAUCUAACUGUAUCGUGCACAGUUUAUCCUCGCGUUAACGACUAUGCUCAAGGAUUAUUAAACAAGUAAGGGGAGUUGGAUAGCUUUCACAGAUCAUAAAACUGAAUAGGUUACGUGGUGGAUGAUCAGGGUUCAAUUCCCAUUACGUCAUACUUUUUUCUCUACACUACAAGGGGCAGACCGGUUGCGGGGCUCAUCGAAUCUCCUAUCCAGUGGGUACAAGGUUUUUUUACUGCCGGAUAAAACGGCCGCAGCGGAAAGGGAUCUAUUCACCUGUACCAAAUACUGAGGAAUUCAAUCAAUAUGGUAGAGAACGCCACAUUAGUCUUUAUUAAAUGUGACUUAUAACUCUGGUACCGCUCCAAUUAGUGUGAUAUUAAUUUGGGAAAUUGGUAACGUUUAGUGAAAUAUGCAGCUCGCCUCUAAACACGAUACUACGAUGUGACCAUUACCGACCUCACAUUUCAAAUAGUACAGUCUGUGAAAAAAUUAACUGUUUUCAAACCAAAUACUUUACUGUGACAAGUGUGACAAAUCGUAGUGUAAAUACGCUUUAAAUACUUGUCGUAUGCUACGGUGGAUUAUGACAGUUUCGAUUGUUUCAACUCGAACUCAUGAUAAGAAAUUUGGCCGCUUUAACUGAAAAUGUCAUAAUAAGUGAUGACAAAUUGAACAAUUUUUACACCAAAUAUUACAAUUUAAUGGUGGAAUUGUUAAUUGGCACGAAAGUCCAGCGUUACUCCGGCAAGUUUGUCAUAGUAGUAUGUGGUUGGACGGUUUUCAUUCUACACUUCAGAUCUGCUUCAAGAAAUAUACCAUAAAGGUGAAGGCAGAUGGUUGUGAAAGUAACCAUUACGACGAUAUUUACAGAUUGUAAAGUUACUCUAUCCCCGAUUACAAGCGAAACUCACAGUAAUCACCAUGUCGGGUGCCAACAAUUCAUUCCAGCGUGCCCUCUGCCCCUUGCUGGUGGCAGGACAGUGCUUCGCCCUGAUGCCAGUAUCGGGCCUUACGGGUUACGACGCCUCGACCCUCCAGUUCCGGUGGCUCAGUCCCAGGGUAGCCUACACCUUCUUGUCCCUCGUCGGCAUCUUUUGUCAUCUCUGUGUCUGCGUCCGUGAACUAGUCGUGGCCGAUCAUAUCACAUAUUCUGCAUGUGCUCCGCCCAUUUUCUUCGCUGUCACUUUCUUGGCAACUUGUUUCUACCUGCGCCUGGCAACUAAAUGGCCUGAUUUGGUGUCGAAGUGGCAGACUGUGGAGCAGACUAUGCUCAAAGACUAUGGCUACCCCAGGAACUUCGAGCGCCGUUGUAAAUUCUGUGCUGCGUUCAUGCUCACAGCCUCAACAGUGGAGCAUUUGAUGGCCUUGUACUCCUGUCUGCUGCGCGCGUUGCCUCGUUCUACCGGAGGACUGGACGUGGUACGGGCGUUUUACACUUCGUGGUUUGAACAGGCGUUCAAAAUGACAGAGUACGCGCUGUGGAAGUCCCUGCUUUUGCAGCUCUCAAACUUCUUAGCCACGUUUACGUGGAGUUACAUGGACAUGUAUGUGACCCUCGUAAGCAUGGCGCUCACCGAGAAGUUCUUGCAGUUCGGCGAGGGACUUCGUGCCGUGAGAGGCAAGAUGGGGUUGAAGAGAGAGCGUCCAGUUGUAAUGGCGGCGAUCGCUUGUAUUGAUCGUCCUCAGGCCGCUCCGCUAAAGUUCUGGCGUGAGGCUCGCCAACUAUACGACAACCUUUGCUGCCUGACGCGAACAGUUGAUGAACACAUCUCGCACCUCGUGCUCUUGUGCCUCGCCAGUGAUCUCUACUUCAUCUGCCUUCAGCUGUUCAACAGCCUCAAGAACGUAAAGACUUUGUACGGCUACAUCUAUUUCUUCUACUCAUUUGGAUAUUUGCUGUUCCGAGCAAGUUCGAUGUGCUUCUGCGCAGCGGCUGUGAACGAGGUCAGCCAGAAACCAAGGGACGUCCUCUACGCGGUACCUGCCGGCACCUACAACGCCGAGGUAGAGCGAUUCAUCGAUCGAGUGACGACGGACGAGGUUGCACUCACUGGAUUCCGCCUCAUUACGUUAAACAGACGUUUAAUUCUGACGAUUGUUGGUUCCAUUGUGACGUACGAACUUCUUCUUGUACAGCAAGGUAACGGUCAAGGUUCUUUCAGUGAAGAAUUGGAAUAUGCAGCCAACAUAACAAUAAUGUAACUACAGCUACGCUACUGCGCAUAACUAUAGGCCUUUUACAUAAUGUAAUGCUUGCAUAUUUCGAUUUUCAACGUAAAAAUACAGUAACAUUGUCCCUAUUAAACAAAUUAUACAAAGUAAAAUUAGUAGACUGUCCUAUUCUAAAAGUAGAGCAUAAAUUGAUAAUAGACAAAAAAAAAUGCUAAUUUAUUUCUCAAAUAUUUUAAUUUUAGUACACUUUCGAAUGAUGUAUCAUAUAUUAUUGUAUUGUGACGGAGGUGUAGAUUAGAUUAAUUAGGCUCGCGUUAGGGUCCAACAGCUGUAUCUUGUGGGUACGGCAGUGAACCACAAAAGGUUGGAAAUUUUUUGACUAGCUGGACAAGUCUACCUCUCAAUGCUCUGUCUCGUUUUAUGAGCUCGACGAAUUUUCGAAUUGAGUCAAUUGGCGGUUAUGGUUCCGACAAUGAACCUGAAGAAGUUAAUGGGUCUGCGUGAAAUAGCACAAGCAUGUGUGUGCCUGUUGUAGUCAGAGAGGAGGCAUUUCUGGGGGUGUUUUUUUUUUUUGCAAAAUAUAACUAUAUACAACAAAAAUAAAAUGACUGUCCUUAUUCCAACUUCGUUUCUGUCCAUGUUUAUAUUAAUAAUUUUGAACGUUAUUUUUGUUUCUGAAAAGAAUGUGUGGAUAGCCUGUUUUUACGAACCACCAAUGAGUCGCAUGAUCCUGUCAAGUGUUCAAAUAGGAGCCAUGUAGGCCUAUGUUUGUUCAUUUACGUUAUCUGCGUACUUAUUAGAUGUUUAUAAUGUGUAAAUAGAUUAACAUAGGUUUACUGUGAGAAUCAAUGGCCUACGAAAUAUACAAGAUUCAUUGUGUGGGCAAAAUGAAGAAUUAUUCAUAAAGUAAGCGAUAUAUGUAGUCACAAGUGGACAUUAAAUGGAAAACAGCUAUCCCGA